CAAUUAUUUCAUCUCCGUCAGUCUCGCCCUCAUUCACCGUCAUUCAAGAUGGCUGCUACCGGAGAGGUCGAUUUCUGCACCCUCGGCAUGUUCAUUAUUGAUGAAAUCGAAUUCGCUCCCCCAAAGCCCCCAGUCAAAGACAUAGCUGGCGGUGCCGGAUCAUACUCUGCAUUAGGUGCACGCAUAUUCUCUCCGAGCCCCAAGUCCCAGGCAGUGGGCUGGAUCGUUGACUGCGGAUCCGAUUUCCCAUCUGAGCUCCGAGACUUCAUUGCGCAGUGGGACACGGGUGUUUUGAUUCGCGAGACGCCUGAGAGACUUACCACCCGCGGCUGGAAUGGCUAUGGAGAGCAUGAACACAGAGCUUUUCGAUACACGACUCCGAAACUACGGUUGGAUCAGCACGACUUGGUGGAUACACAGCUGUUGUGGUCCAAGUCGUUCCAUCUCAUAUGUUCACCUCUGCGCUGCAUUGAUCUGGUUAGAAGCAUUCUUGCAUUACGCCGUCAGCCGUCAGAUGCGGGGCUGACAUCACGUCCGCUGUUCAUAUGGGAGCCUGUGCCUGAUCUGUGUACCGUCGAGGAAUUGGACGACUGCCUGAAAGCGCUAAAGUACGUUGACGUAGUCAGUCCAAACCAUGGUGAGCUUGGGGGCUUUUUCGGCAAGGACACCAAUGCCGAGCACAGCGUUGACUUCCGCUUGAUCGAGGAACUGUGCGGCCAAUGGCUCGGUAGCGGGAUUGGAGCUGAUGGCCAGGGUGGUAUCGUUUUGCGUUGCGGCAAAGAUGGGUGCCUAGUGACGCGUAACGGGGUGCGCAAGUGGCUGCCUGCGUAUCAUCAGUCGAGUACGAAGGUGGUGGACCCGACUGGCGGGGGCAAUGGAUUUCUAGGCGGUUUAGCAAUUGGCUUGGUGCGGGCUGGUGACACGCCAGGCAUUGAGCACUUGGAGGAAGCUGCAAUAUGGGGAUCAAUUUCGGCAAGCUUCGCUAUUGAGCAAGUCGGCAUGCCCGUCCUUUCUCACGGCCCGCAAGGCGAAACAUGGAACAGUGUGCGUGUCGAAGACAGGCUCUCAGAAUUCAAGUCGCGGCUGCCUAGAUAUAUACAGCCCUAGUCGCGUUCUUCCUAGUGUACACUAAAGUCCUCGCUCUCUGUUCGUUUACUUCUCGACUGGCUUGUCAAUGGCGCCCUGCUCCUUCAGUUUCCGCUCGUGCUCAAUGAUCUGCUUGCUCCAAUAUCGGCUCGGGAAGAAUCUGUUCGGGUCGGGCAUCCUAUCGCGAUGCUCUAGGUUGGCGCUGAGCAUCCAGACCAUUCCGACGAUGCCGGUCAUCGCAAGGCCCAAGACAGCGGUGUUGGCUUUCCAGUUGGCGGGUUGUGCGUACCAGCCGCCGGCUGGCGACCAGACGUGCUUGGGAUACGGGAUCUUGCCUCCUCCGCCCAUUGUGAAGUAUGCUUGU